AUGGAUUUAUGUAUCUUCUGUUCUAAUCCAAGUUUUAGGCUCAAUUUCACUAGCGACGAGACAACCACUGCAGCUGGUUUCCGAGCAGAAUGGAAAGCUGAAUGCGGCGCAGUGUUCCGUCUUAGCCAUGGAGUGAUCUCAUCUCCAAAUUACCCUGAUCACUACCCCAAUGUAAAUCAACGCUGUGAAUAUAUGAUAGCGCCAGAAGGCGAAUUAGAUGCAGUGAUCGCUCUGAAAUUACUUGAUUUUGAUUUAUCGGACUCAAAAAUGGAUUAUUCACGUUCACCAUGUGCCAGUGACUAUCUGGAAAUACGCGACGUCACUAAUAACAGAGUAGUGAUGGUAUAUUGUGGAGGAGAACCUAUGAGCGAAGAGCCAAUUGCUAUUAAGGUUGAUUUCUUGGAUUUAAUUGAGAUUUAA